GUGCGGAGCCAGGCAGCGCCCCGCAAGGCGCGGUGGCCGCCCAACUCCCGCUCUCACCAAAGGGGAUCUGCGGGAGGCUCCCUGCACCCGCACUUCUGACGGGGCGUCCCUGCUGUCUACCCGGGGAGGCCAGGUUCAGACGGGCAUGGCUGAGCGGCGCCACCGUCCGCCAGCUCCUUAGCUGGGGACCCAUGCCCCGGAACCCUGGGGAGAAAAGCCAGGCCUAUCCCCGCCGCCGCCCUGGUUUCCACGCAGACCCCAACAACACUGAGGUGGCAGCCAUGUACACCUUCCUCCCGGACAACUUCACCCCUGCCAAGCCCAAGCCGUCCAAAGAGCUGCGGCCGCUGCUGUGCUCGGCGGCUCUGGGGCUGCUGCUGGUGCUGGCCGCCGUGGUGGCCUGGUGCUACUACAGUGCCUCCCUCCGCAAAGCCGAACGUCUGCGCACCGAGCUGCUGGACCUCAACCGCGCCGGCUUCUCCAUCCGCAACCAGAAGGGCGAGCAAGUCUUCCGCCUGGCCUUCCGCUCCGGCGCGCUGGACCUGGACUCCUGCAGCCGCGACGGCGCCGUGCUGGGCUGCUCACGCACCGCCGACGGGCGCCCCCUGCACUUCUUCAUCCAGACCGUGCGGCCCAAGGACACCGUCAUGUGCUACCGCGUGCGCUGGGAGGAGGCGGCGCCGGGGCGCGCCGUGGAGCACGCCAUGUUCCUGGGCGACGCCCCAGCGUAUUGGUACGGCGGCGCGGAGAUGAGGACGCAGCACUGGCCCAUUCGCCUGGAGGGCCAGCUGGAGCCGCAGCCCUUUGUCACCAGCGACGUCUAUUCCUCCGACGCCGCCUUCGGGGGCAUCCUGGAGCGCUACUGGUUAUCGUCACGAGCGGCCGCCAUCAAAGUCAAUGACUCAGUGCCCUUCCACCUGGGCUGGAACAGCACGGAGCGGUCGUUGCGGCUGCAGGCCCGCUACCACGACACGCCCUACAAGCCACCCGCCGGCCGCCCUGCGGCGCCAGAGCUCAGCUACCGCGUGUGCGUGGGCUCAGACGUCACCUCCAUCCACAAGUACAUGGUGCGGCGCUACUUCAACAAGCCUUCCAGGGUGCCCGCGCCCGAGGCCUUCCGAGACCCGAUCUGGUCCACGUGGGCCCUUUACGGGCGCGCCGUGGACCAAGACAAGGUGCUGCGGUUCGCCCAGCAGAUCCGCCAGCACCGCUUCAACAGCAGCCACCUGGAAAUCGACGACAUGUACACACCUGCCUACGGCGACUUCGACUUCGACGAGGCCAAGUUCCCCAACGCCAGCGACAUGUUCCGCCGCCUUGCCGACGCCGGCUUCCGCGUCACGCUCUGGGUGCACCCGUUCGUCAACUACAAUUCGUCGCGCUUCGGCGAGGGCGUGGAGCGCGAGCUGUUCGUGCGCGAGCCCACGGGCCGGCUGCCCGCGCUGGUGCGCUGGUGGAACGGCAUCGGCGCGGUGCUGGACUUCACGCGCCCGGAGGCCCGGGACUGGUUCCAGGGACACCUGCGGCGGCUGCGCUCGCGUUACGCCGUGGCCUCCUUCAAGUUCGACGCGGGAGAGGUCAGCUACCUGCCGCGGGACUUCAGCACCUACAGGCAGCUGCCCGACCCCAGCGUCUGGAGCCGGCGCUACACCGAAAUGGCGCUGCCCUUCUUCUCGCUGGCCGAGGUGCGCGUGGGCUACCAGUCGCAGAACAUCUCGUGCUUCUUCCGCCUGGUGGACCGCGACUCCGUGUGGGGCUACGACCUGGGGCUGCACUCGCUCAUCCCCGCCGUGCUCACCCUCAGCAUGCUGGGCUACCCGUUCAUCCUGCCGGACAUGGUGGGCGGCAACGCGGUGCCCGAGCGCACGGCGGGCGGCGGCCCAGUGCCCGAGCGCGAGCUCUACGUGCGCUGGCUGGAGGUGGCCGCCUUCAUGCCGGCCAUGCAGUUCUCCAUCCCGCCCUGGCAGUACGACGCCGAAGUGGUGGCCAUCGCACACAAGUUCGCCGCGCUGCGGGCCUCGCUGGUGGCGCCGCUGCUGCUGGAGCUUGCCGGGGAGAUCACCGACACGGGCGACCCCAUCGUGCGCCCCCUGUGGUGGAUCGCGCCGGGCGACGAGACCGCGCACCGCAUCGACUCGCAGUUCCUGAUCGGGGACACGCUGCUCGUGGCGCCCGUGCUGGAGCCGGGCAAGCAGGAACGCGACGUCUACCUGCCCGCGGGCAAGUGGCGCAGUUACAAGGGUGAGCUUUUCGAUAAGACGCCCGUGCUGCUCACCGAUUACCCGGUCGACCUGGACGAGAUCGCCUACUUCACCUGGGCGUCCUGACCCUGGCCCAGGGCCCACGAACCCCAGCGCCCCAACCCCAGUCUUCAGACAGUCCUUCUCUCCUCCGCGCCCUCACCGUGUAGCUCUGGGAAGUCCCCCACCUCUGUGCCACCCGCUAAGGGGGUGCUGACUUAAACACGCCAGCUAGCCACUGUUGGAUGGGGCCCAGGAGAGGGGCUGCUGGCCCAGUGUGCAAUCCUAACAGCCCCUGGCCCUGCAGCCUCACUCCUCCUCCCCCGGGGGUGGGCACUAGAGAGCUCGCCAGGGGAAAAAGGUCAGCGCUCUUCUGGUUACAGGUGACCCGCUUUUUAAAGCACAAAGAGGAACCUCUCCCUCCAUCGUGGCCUUUGUGGCCACCUUGGGCCUUCUGCGGUGGGGACUUGAUCCUCUUUGAGGUCCCCAAAAUAGACAAGGUCAUGCUUAGAAAGUAAAGGUUACUGUGAAGCCAGGCUCUGAGCUCCCAGCAGGGCCCUGAAGCACAGCUGACCCCAUCUCCCUCCAGCUGCGGAGAAGGGGUACAGGUGUUUGGCCAACUGAAGGGGUGGGGGUGGGGGAGCGUUCCCAGGGAGCAGGAGGCCUGGGCUUAGUCUGGAGCCGCUGUCUUUGUCCCCUGUUUGUGAAGCAGCUCCUAACAUUACACUAACCCAGCUGUGUACACAGAUGAGCUUGGCCCAGGCCCUGCUGCUGUGCCUGGUGGGCAUGGACUGGCAGGCCAGGCAGGCCAGACUUGGUGCCUUAAUCGAGAACCUGCAUGGGUGUGUGUGUGCACGCGUGCAUGCGUGACUGUGUCUGUGUGUCAGGAAGGCGGGGGUCGCACAGUGGGUUCCCCAAUCUGCAGAAGGAACACAGCCUCCCUGAGGCUGGAUAAGCCUGGAGGCAGAGCGCAGGGAGCCAAUUUGAGGCCUGAUUGCUGAGCCUGCUCCCUGCCAGGUGGUUUUCCUGCAGAAACUCUGGGAGGAAGUAAACAGCCCUUUCAAGAGUUCCAGCUGCCCGGCUCCCUGCACACGUGGCGGGGGUGUGGCCGAGAAGGGAGUCGUUUUCCUUUGGUGCAAGAGCUACACGCACGCACCGGCACCUGCCAAUACACACACAGGGUAGGGCCUUUCAUCCCAGCCGUUUCCCUAAGAGCAGCCUCAGCCAGAGUGAGUUUUGCCUGCCUUUGAAGCACAGUCUAGGGGAAGAAGAGGCUUGCCGGGCCAGGGGCUGGGCAGGGGGAAGAUGGGGCGGCGCUCUGACAGCAGACCCAGUCCCUCACUGCUACAGCAUGUGCCCCCUUGCCCGCCCUUCUACCCCCUUUAUCCUCUCAGUGUGGAAAAUGCCCAGUGGAAGCUUCCAGGUCCUCACAGAUGCCAAUCCCGAGUGCUGAUUCUAGACUUCCUCUACAAACUGUGUGAACUCGAACAAGCUGCUUAACCUUUGCUGAGCCUCCAUUUCCACAUAUGGACAAUGGUGAUGAUCAUGCCUACCUCCGAGACUGUGUGAGACUUAGAAGCACAAGUGUAUGUAAAGUGCCUGGCACAGAGUAGGUGCUCAAUAAAAGCUAGCUAUUAUAAUACCGUU